AACAAUAGCAUCCAUCGAGAGACAACCUCAGAAAAGCGGCAGACACGCGUGCCAGCGUGCGCGACACCCCGACGAUCGCGCUGAAUAUCACCACCCACGCCGGCCAUUGCUGCGAGCCCCGCCAGCAGCACGUCGCGCGCCAGAGCACCCGUCGUGUGCAAACCGCGACGACGACCGACAGACUCUGUUCCAUCGCCCAUCGAUAAGCGCCGAGUCUGUGGAUGCAUCGAGUGUCCAGAGCUUCAUCACCAGCUUGGACCUUCGCGCUCGGUAGCGAGCCGCUGCGUGUGCACCGGUAGCCAUGGGUAGAAGAAAGAUUGAGAUCAAGCCCAUCCGCGACGAUCGAAACCGAAGCGUUACCUUCCUCAAGCGCAAAGGCGGCCUCUUCAAGAAGGCCCACGAGCUUUCCGUGCUAUGUUCCGUCGACGUUGCCGUGGUCAUCUUCGGACAUAACAAGAAAUUGUACGAGUACAGCUCGUCGGAUAUCAAUGAGAUCAUCGGCAGAUUUCAAUACUAUGGCGGCGCGCACGAACACAAAGGGCCACAGGACUUCGCGGACAAGGCGGGCGGCGACGAUGACGACGAAGAUGGAGAGGGCGGGGACGACAUGGGUGGCGAUGAACACAGAGGGACACCACAACCAGACCCGUCAAUGAUGCAUGCCCACAUGGCGAACCAUCCAGGCUUUCAGCAUGUCAGACACGGGACACCGCACGCGUCUCCGCCAAUGCACAAUGGAGCCAUGCCACAAUUCACGCGAGGACCUUCGCCGCUUCCACCAGGCAUGACGGUUUCGCGGCCGAACUCACGCAAUGCACAGCACCCUGGAGGUCCGCAGCACAUUCGCAGGACAAGCUCGAACUUGGUUCCCCAGCACCCGCAAGGCGCCCCGCCCAGCUAUGCCUACCAGCCCAAUCCGCCCUUCUACAACCCCCAAGCAGCACAAAUGCAAGGUCGACCGCCGCCAGGAUCAGUGCCUCCGCCCGGAGCAUUCCCGGCUCCAUAUCCACCGCAACAGCCACAGCAUCCCCCAAUGCAGCAGCAAGCGUUCAUGGAGGAUCAGCGACGAUCCAUGCCUCCCAAUUAUCCUCAGCAACCGCCGCCACCUCAGCCAAACAUGCAAAGACAUCCCUCCGGCGAUCAUCUUGCACCUCCCGGUCAACAAGCUCAACCCUCGCCCAGACUCCAGCAACAGCAACGGCCCACGCCUUCACCGCAGCCGCCUCAGAAUGAAUUCCAAAGCCCACCCUUACCGCAGCCCAAGCCUUUACCAGCACACGCCAAAGUCAAUAGCAUAUUCACACCAAUAGACGACAGCAGAUCAAUGCUAGCACAGCACUGGGGUGGGCCUAGCAACGCAGAACCUCGGUCAGAUCCGGCAGUCAAACUGGAAGGCGGUGGCCCUCGGUCACAGUCGAUAGAUGUCGCUCAGAUGCAACGAGAGAAUCACGCCAAGGCCAAUGGACUUUCACCGAGGCCGCCGCCAUCCGUUCCGCCUCCGACCACACAAUCCGCAACGCAAUCACCUCAACCACCUCAUCGGACUGCUAGCACACCUACCAUAGUGGGACCUGGUCGCAGCGGAUCUGUACAGACCGAGGCUAAGAGACCGCGGUUGAAAGUGCAGAUCCCCAGCGAGCAGUCUGGAGAUGAAGGUGGAACAGCAGAAUCUGCGCAGGAUCUCAACACCAGUAGCGAAGCGCAGACUGCCAAUACGACAGCGGGACAACCGCAAGUGCCAGCUCACGGAGUUGUUUUACCCCCGCCAUCACCCAGUGCAGGCGCACUACUAUCGGCUGGCGCACAAGGACCACCUAAUCCGUUUGCCAGACCUGCGCCACCGAUGAGUACUAAUCCACAUGCUGCGAAUCGCGAAGCGAACCACAUCGAGACACCGUUGUCAGCACUGCCGAGCAGAUUCAUGAACAACGAACUACUACCCUCGCCAUCUGCUUUCUAUCCUUCGGAUUGGAAUAAUAACAUGUUGCCUUCGCCGUUCACUUUCCAAACUCCCGUAGCAGGGAACGGCCCCAGCUGGCGGACCGAGGAUGAGCGCAAACGAGGCAGCGAGGACCAAGGCGAAGACGGAAACGAUCCGAAGCGAGUAAAAACUUAGCAGGGCUCCUCAAGCAUUUUCGAUCGACGACUAAAGUACAUGAAUGGAGGCACAUCUCCUAUAGAGCAACAGCGAGUGCGGGUCAUGAAGGAGCUAAUGACGAAACGAUCCUGCAUACGGAUGACAAAGGCGCAAAGAGAGAGAUACAUUUUGCAUUGAGCAAGCAAGCAAGCAGGAACGAAACCCCCUUCCUUUUUUCGGAGACUUUUUUACAUUGUGUUAUUUCAUUAUUAGCUUACACGGGGUUGUAUGAUUGCAUUUUGCAAUAUGAGCGUGCUUUGAAGAAAACAGAUUGAUUGGCACUCAACGAUAAUGAUUCGUGUUUUUGGGAGGUUGUCACUCCUUUUCUAUUAGAGCAGGAGGAGAAGGUUAUUGUCGGCGACAAUACGGUAUGGGGCGGAUGGUAACAAAAGGACAGAGGAGGCUGGAUCAGAGCAGUAAGGACUAGCAUAAUGACAAUGUGAAAAAA